AUGACGCCAACAUUCCCGGCAGAGCGCGCGCGCAGACGCGCGGCAGGACGCACGCGCCGCGGCUUGGGCGUGAAGUCCCAGCACGAGCCGUUCAGUCAGGCGAGGCGCCCGGUGGGUGAGGUCCUGGGUUUCCGUAUCUUCUUUUCAAAUGAUACAGCUCUGCCCAUCAUCUUCCACAAAGUGUGUUCUGGAGCAGCCUGCCUUUUCGAGUACCUUUGUCCUGAAGCUGUAAAGAUGCUGCACAUGACAGACGUUUUGGAUAUCUUGAAGAAUACUCAGCUCUUCCGUCUACAUGAUCAAGAAGAGAAUCCAGAAACCAUCCCCAUAAGAAAUCCAGGGGUUCUGAAAGUUUCUCAUCAGAAGUUUAGGGAUUUUCAGUAUCUUUCAGUGACGGGGCCUCACCAAGCUGUGAGCCAAAUCCAGGAGCUCUGCCGGCAAUGGCUGCAGCCAGAGACCCACACCAAGGAGCAGAUGAUGGAGCAGCUGGUGCUGGAGCAGUUUCUGAACACGCUACCAGAGGAAGUCCAGAGCUGGGUGAGGUCCAAAAAGCCCAAGAACAGCAAGGAGGCAGGAAGCCUGGUGGCUAGUUUGAUCCAAGCAUGUGGGGAGAAAGGUUUCUCUCCUCAGGACUUUGUCCUCGCAGAAGAGAGGAACACCAAAGAACACCAAAAGGACACGGAGAUGUCUGACAGUCUCUCAUCUGCUGGAUCCCAGGAGUUGGUGACUUUCCAGGAUGUGGUUGUGGACUUCAGUCCAGAGGAAUUAACCUACCUUAGUGCUGCUCAGAGGAACCUCUACCGGGAGGUGAUGCUGGAGAAUUACAGGAAUCUGGUCUCCUUAGGGUACCAGUUCUCUAAACCCGACAUUAUCUCACAGCUGGAAGAAGAAGAGUCACGUGUGAGGGAAGAAGACAGCAAUACAGAGCUGUGUCAAGAUGGGGAGGAAAGACCUAAAACCAAAGAUCUAACUCCAGAGCAAAGUCUGCCUAUGGAAAAGUCAUCCUCAGGGGCAGGAAUGGAGGAUCAGAUGGGAGGAAACUUCUGCAGUGUCUCUGUAGGAGAGCCUUCUCCUGAUGACCCAUCAGAUUCAUGCCAGGUCAACCAGGAGAAACCUUUGAGUCCUGUAACAAUGGGUGAGCCCAAGUCCCCUGCUCAAGAAAGAAGCCACGACAGUGAUGAUUCUGAGAGCAGCUCAGAUCUUACUAAACAAUCAGAAGGCCCUCCAGGAAAGGAUCCCCAGGAACGUGCUACUCCUGGAGUUUGCACCAGGUCCCAGCCAGUGGAUGAUGAGUCUUUCCUCCAAGAGAACAGAUGUGGAUUUUGUGAAAGAACUUUUCUUACCCAGACAGCUCGUGAGAGACAUGAGCAGAUCCAUACUGGGAAGAAACCAUUUGAAUGUAAACGAUGUGGAGAAGCCUUUUACCUCAUGCCACACCUCACCAGACAUCAGAGGACUCAUUCCAGCGAGAAGUCCUCUGGAUACGAUGAAGGUGGAAAGCCCUUCAUCCAGCAUGCAGAUAUCUGUGGCCGUAUAAGAAUUCAUAGCCAGGAAGACUACUAUGAAUGUUUCCAGUGUGGCAGAGCCUUUAUCCAGGAUGUGCAUCUUUUUCAACAUCUCAAAGCCCACGAGGCAGCAAAAGCCCUUCCACCUGGGUUGCCCCGCAUUAAGACGUACUUAAUUCGCUAUCAGAGGAAACAUGACUAUGUUGGAGAGAGAGCCUGCCAGUGUUGUGACUGUGGCAAAGCCUUCAGUCGGAGUUCACAUCUCAUUCAACACUAUCGAAUUCAUGCUCAAGAGAGACCUUACCAGUGUCAGCUGUGCGGGAAGUGUUUCAGCCGACCUUCAUACCUCACUCAACAUUAUCAACUUCAUUCUCAAAUGAAACCUGAGGAGUGCAGUUAUUACUGA